CUCCCGCCUUCCUCGCUAGCUCGCUGGUUCCCUCCCCCCGGCCGGCUCGGCGCUGACUCCGCGGCACGCUGCAGCCGCGGCUGGAAGAUGGCGGGGAACGACUGCGGCGCGCUGCUGGACGAAGAGCUCUCCUCCUUCUUCCUCAACUAUCUCGCCGACACGCAGGGUGGGGGAUCUGGAGAGGAGCAACUCUGCGCUGACUUUCCGGAGCUCGACCUUUCCCAGCUGGACGCCAGUGACUUCGACUCGGCCACCUGCUUCGGGGAGCUACAGUGGUGCCCCGAGAGCUCGGACACCGAGCCCAGCCAGUACAGCCCUGACGACUCGGAGCUCUUCCAGAUAAUUGACAGUGAGAAUGAGGCCCUCCUGGCAGCGCUCACCAAGACCCUGGAUGACAUCCCCGAAGACGAUGUGUGUCUGGCCGCUUUCCCAGCCCUGGACGGUGGAGAUGCACCAUCCUGCACUUCAGUUUCGCCUGCCCCCUCAUCUGCGCCCCCCAGCCCCUCCCUGGAAAGGCCCCCGGCCCCGGCCCCCGAGGUGGACGAGCUCUCGCUGUUGCAGAAACUCCUGCUCGCCACCUCCUACCCAGCGUCAAACUCCGACAUCCAGAAGGAAGGGACUGCCUGGCGCCAGGCAGGCCUCAGGUCCAAAAGCCAGCGGCCUUGUGUCAAGAUGGACAGCACUCAAGACAAGAAGGCUCCCACAAUGCAGUCUCAGAGCCGGAGUUGUACAGAACUGCAUAAGCACCUGACCUCGGUGCCGUCCUGCCUCCAGGCUAAAGCCCACUCCCCAGAUAGGGGCCUGCAGCCACCAGCCCCCCUGAGUCCCCAGCUCCCUGCCAAGGAGGACGAGAAGCCAGGCGAAGACUGCCCGAGCUCCCAGCCAGCUCUGGCCUCUGCCCGGGAAUCCCAGGCGCUGGGCAGGGCAGGCUCCAGCGCCCAGGUUUCACCAGAGGACAUGCAGGCAGUGGUGCAGCUCAUUCGCUACAUGCACACCUACUGCCUCCCCCAGAGGAAGCUACCCCCACAGGCCGCAGAGCCAACCCCUCAGCCCUGCAGCAACCCCUCCAAGCAGGUCAGACCCUGGGCCCGGCCCCAGCACCCUUCCAAAGCCUCCUGGGCUGAGUUCUCCAUUCUGAGGGAACUUCUGGCUCAAGAUGUCCUCUGUGAUGUCAGCAAACCCUACCGCCUGGCCACGCCGGUCUAUGCCUCCCUCACUCCCCGGCCCAGGCCCAAAGACAACCAGGCCUCCCCUGGCCACCCAUCUCUGGUGGAAGAGGUUAGGAUAGCAGCUUCGCCCGAGAGCACCGGGCCCAGACCCAGCCUGCGCCCACUGCGGCUGGAGGUAAAAGGGCACGUCAGCCGGUCAGCCAGGCUGCAGCAAGAGGAGGAAGAUGAAGAGGAAGAAGACAAAGAAGAGGAGGAAGAGGAGGAGGAGGAAUGGGGUCGGAAAAGGCCAGGCCGAGGCUUGCCGUGGACCAAGCUGGGGAGGAAACUGGAGAGCUCGGUGUGCCCCGUGCGGCGCUCCAGGAGACUGAACCCCGAGCUGGGUCCCUGGCUGACAUUCACCGAUGAAUCGCUGGUCUCCAUGGAGCCCCAAGGAUCUCUGGCCUCACUGGGCCUGGUUCCCGAGGCCUAUGACACCGAGGGGGAGCUGGGCAGCCCCACAGAUGAGGACAGUGGCCAAGACCAGCAGCAACUCCGGGGACCCCAGAUCCCAGCUCUGGAGAGCCCCUGUGAGAGUGGGUGUGGGGACACGGAUGAGGACCCCAGGUGCCCGCGGCUCCCUUCCAGAGACUCUCCCAGGUGCCUCAUGCUGACCUUGUCACAAAGUGACCCUCCUUUUGGCAAGAAAUGCUUUGAGCAGACCGUGACGGUGGAGCUCUGUGGCACAGCAGGACUCACCCCACCCACCACGCCUCCCUACAAGCCCACAGAGGAGGACCCCUUCAAGCCGAACAUCAAGCACAGCCCAGGCAAAGGCAUAGCUCCCAGCCUCCCCACCCCAGAGAGCCUCCAGCUCGGGGCUGCCGCAGGGGUGGCCCACAAGCUGCCAAAGAAGCACCCGGAGCGGAGUGAGCUCCUGUCUCAUCUGCGGCAUGCCGCAGCCCAGCCAGCCUCCCAGGCGGGUCAGAAGCGUCCCUUCUCCUGUUGCUUUGGAGACCACGACUACUGCCAGGUGCUCAAGCCAGACAGCGCCCUGCAGAGGAAGGUGCUGAGGUCCUGGGAGCCGUCUGGGGUCCACCUUGAGGACUGGCCCCAGCAAGGUGCCCCUGAGGCUGAGGCACAGGCCUCUGGGAGGGAGGAAAACAGAAGCUGUGAUGCAGUUGCACUCCCCAAGGACAGUCUGCUGCUGAGAGACCAUGAGAUCCGUGCCAGCCUCACCAAGCACUUUGGGCUCCUGGAGACCGCCCUGGAGGAUGAAGACCUGGCCUCCUGCAAGAGCCCCGAAUAUGACACUGUUUUUGAAGACAGCAGCAGCAGCAGUGGUGAGAGCAGCUUCCUCCUGGAAGAGGAAGAGGAGGACGACGAGGAAGAGGACUCAGGAGUCAGCCCCCCUCGCUCUGACCACUGCCCCUACCAGAGCCCACCAAGCAAGGCCAGCUGGCAGCUCUGUUCCCGCAGCCGCUCCAGCUCGGGCUCCUCCUCCUGCCGUUCCCGGUCACCAGCCACUCGAAGGACCUUCAGAUGUGAGAGCAGAGGGCCGUGUUCAGACGGAACGCCAAGCGUCCGGCACGCCAGGAAGCGGCGGGAAAAGGCCAUUCAGGGCGAAGGCCGCGUGGUGUACAUUCGAAAUCUCUCCAGCAACAUGAGCUCCCGCGAGCUGAAGAGGCGCUUCGAAGUGUUUGGUGAGAUUGUAGAGUGCCAGGUGCUGACGAGAAGCAAGAGAGGUGAGAAGUAUGGCUUCAUUACUUACCGGUGUUCUGAGCACGCUGCCCUCUCUCUGAGGAAUGGUGCAGCCCUGCGGAAACGCAAUGAGCCCUCCUUCCAGCUGAGCUAUGGAGGCCUCCGGCACUUCUAUUGGCCCAGAUACACUGACUACGAUUCCAAUUCAGAAGAGGCUCUUCCUGCGUCAGUGAAAAACAAGUAUGAAGCCAUGGAUUUUGACAGCUUACUAAAGGAGGCCCAGCAGAGCCUGCAUUGAUAACAGCCUUAACCUUCGAGGAAUACCUCAAUACCUCAGACAAGGCCCUUUCAAUAUGUUUACGUUUUCAAAGAAAAUAAGUAUAUGAGAAGGCGAGAGAGCGAGCGCGUGAGAGAGACUUGAAACUGCUGUCCUUUAAAAAAAAAAUCAAUGUUUACAUUGAACAAAGCUGCUUCUGUCUGUGAGUUUCCAUGGUGUUGACGUUCCACUGCCACAUUAGUGUCCUCGCUUCCAACGGGUUGUCCUGGGUACAUCUUCAAGUGCUGGUUCAGUCACCCAUCUCUCCUUCCUUCCCGACCGACUUCCUCUCGUAGACGUGCAGCCGUGUUCACCAUAACAUUUCUUGUCUGUAGUGUGUGAUGAUGAAAUUGUUACUUGUGAAUAGAAUCAGGAUUAUAAACUCAUUUUUAAUUGAAGAAAAAAAAGUAUAUCCUUAAAAUAAUGUAUUUAUGGCUCAGAUGUACUGUGCCUGGGGUUAUUGUAUUGCUUCCUUGAUUUUUUAAACUAUGCACUGUCGUGAGGUGUUUGCCACUGAGCUGCUCUGCUCCCUUUGCCAGAAUGCCCCGGAGGUGCUGGGUGGCCGGUAGGCUGGUCCCCAGGGAAGUGCAGCCUGCAGCCACAACAAGAAGCAGUGGAAAGAUGCUUCUGGGUCUUUUCUGCCAAGCCCUGCCCUAUCUCUCAUCGAGCGAGUUUGGGUCCAAUUGCAGUCGGAGCUCUCAUCUGGUGCCCAGCUCUCAGAGUUUCUGCCUGGCCACGUGUCCUUCCAAGAGGCCAAGAUCUUUGCAGACCUUGUAAGGAAGGCGGCCAAGCUGCAUUUUUCCUGUUUUUCCAGGUGAGGCAGGCAGUGCCCCGAGAGGCAAAAUGACUUGCCCAAGGUCCCAUGGCCAGUGAGAGGGCAGAAUAGUGGCCCAGACUAGGCCUUCUGAUUCCUGGUCCCAUGCUCUUGCAGUAGCUGGGGUAAAGAUGUAAAGUUUCGGGGGCUUCUCCCUAGAGGUGAGUUCAGCUUCAUUGGGCAACAGGCUAGAAGCCUACAGGCUCAGUGUGGGAGUUAAGUCAGCAGCUGCUGACCCAGCAUUAGGUAAGUUCAAGUUUUGGUGCGUGUUUUGAUCCAAGGGGUCCUGUGGUUUGCCAACACCUGUGGACAUGCCAUCAGAGCUUCAGUGACACACCUGGAGUGGCAGGGACAGGUGAUCUGGGAGCAGUCAUCCUUUUUGGACCAGUCACCAACCCAUGUUACUCCCUUCAGUUGUCUUUCCCUUUCCUCAUCUGUAAAGUUGUUUUGGUGGCAUGGGAAAGGGGGAGCAGGAAGCGAAUGUGAGGGUUGGGGCCAGAUAAGACAAUCUCCAAGCUCCUUUUCCACCUAGGAAACAUUCUAAUUGGGUUUUAACUUUAAAACUUGUGUUCUUGAGUGAUGACAAAGCCAUGUCCAGCUGGGAUGUUCUGCAGGUGCCUUGGGGGCAUUCACGAGGGAGAACGCAGCCAGGCAGGGUGUGAUGUGAGCACGUUGCUUCUGCUCAGACAGAGCAGCUCCAACAUGGCGUCUUUCAGACAUCAGGGUUCCUUGGGAAAACUGUGUAUUUAAAAAGAGAACAGCCCUGCUUUAAAGAAGUGUGAAAUUGACUCAUUAAACUAAACAAGCUAAUUUAAUCUAUUGCUAAUGCCAGGCCUAGUCCUUUGAGAAUUAAAAACGAUUUUCAAAUACCUCAGUAGGUAAACUGAGCUGAUGAGCUUGUCCUGGGUGGUAUGCAUACUCCAAGCCCACAGAGAAGGCUGGAGGAGACAGGCUUUAGGAGGACUAGGGAAUUUGAACUCCAGUGUGUCAAGUCACUUGAUCUCUUUGGGCCCCAACUUCCUUUUCUGUGAAAUGGACUGAGGGAGAGAAUUAGGCAACUUCAUCUGCCAGCUCUAACAAACAGUUUUAGCUUCUGCUAAGGCAGAGUCUAGCUCAAAAUGGCAAAUACACAGCAUGUGUGUCACUAUAGCCACAUCCUUGGCCAGUGGCAGACAUGAUUAAUUGACCAUAGCACUCAUGUUCUUUGAGCCUGGUCAGGCUAUUAGAAUCCUCAUUACAGUGUUCUGGGCAGACAUUACUAAUAGGUCAGAGUUUAACCCAUUUGAGAUCCUCGUCUAAUCUUUGAAAGGUUUCCAUCACACAACAACAGUAUGGUGGCUGGGUUUCAUGCUGGCUCAUCCCUGUCUGUCAUGUCCUGGUCUAUAAGAGAAAAUUCCCCUAAAGCCACUCUUUGGCACAGAACUCCCAAUAUUACUGUGACAUGAAAUCCUAUUUGGGGUGGGGAGUGACAUAGCAGACAUGAGCAUGUUUGGGAAGCCAGGGUUUAUAAGGAUGGACCAAAAAAAAGGGGACUUCCCACAGCAUAGACCUGAACAUUUUAAAUUCCCUUUAUAGCUAUUCACUGCCUAGCACACAGUAGGCACACAAUAAAUGAUUAUGAAAUAGAAUGGAACUUAAACCUGUCUGCUGCCUCUCCUGAGUCUUCAUUUGCACUGGGAAUAACUUCGAUUUCGCCCUGCAGAAGUUGGUAGGAAAGAACUCUAGACUCAGAGUUGAACUAGAUCAUUUCUCAGCCCCUCCUGUUGGCUUCUUCCUCGAUUGUUCUAGGCCAGAGGUUCAAUCAGGGGUGGGUGAUACUUUAGGGUCAAGAAAUGCAGACUUUUAGUGAAGGACAAGUCUCUCCCCUGAGUCAGCUGAAGGUUUCCUUUCAGAUUCGUACAGGGCUCUUGAAGUUACUUAAACUUGGCCCUUGAGCAGAGCAGAGAUCUGAGCAUGGCAGUGGGACGUGGUAUGCCAGAGGUCAGAGCUGGGGGCCACUGAUGGGAGAGGAUGCCUGCCAAAGACAUCACCCAGUGUCUGCUCACCAUCCCGUACGUAAAAGGCUACAGGUUCUAAAGUUGACUGACCCUGCAGACCACCUGUAUCCGGAAGACUCAUUCGGUGCUGUGAAUUAUUUACCAAGGAGACUCCAAGGCCGCCUCUCCAGGAAAACUAGUCAACCUUGGUCUCUUUCCCACCAACUUAAGCAGUAACCCAGAGGGAGCAGCUGCUAUUGGCAACCAUCUCGUUGUAGCUUUGUCCUAGUAUUUGCUCUCGAUGACGUUUACAUGUGAUCGCCAUAAAGCUUACUGUAGACUGUGUUGGUAGCCGCCCACGCAGGGCAGGUUGUACUGUCCGUCUCUGUGCCGUGCUGGUGUUUUUCCAAAAAAUAUCUGAUCCAACCGCUAAGUGGAAUUCUUCCAUCUCCUUCCUCAGUCAGUACAAGGCUGAAUCAGAAUCCUCACUCUCGGGGGCUCUGGUUACCGAAGGAAAAUGCAUCAAAGAGGUAAAGAAUAUGAGUGGAUGGAGUGUAGCUAAGGCCCCCACCUCCUGACCCCUUCACACCUUGCCCCCCGACCAGAAAACUCCUUGGAGUCAAAAAGCACCAGUCAGGUGUCUACAUCUCCCGUGAGACCUGACAGUGCUGCAUGUGGGGUGUGCUCAGGAGAGAGGCAAGGCUUCAGGGACUGGGAGGAGGAAGGGAGGAACGUUCUGAGCUCAAAGACUCAGUACCCAGGUCCUGAUGUGGGAAGAGACGAUGCGAUAAGAAGUCUUUCAUCACCUAAAGCCUAUGCUUAUUGAUGUCUGAGAGCGAUUUCUUCUAGGCAUAUGCAAUAUGCAUGCCCAGGCUACUGUGCAGGUGGGGAGUGGAGUGGGCACAGAAGGCAUUGACAGUGAGCAGGUCCGAACCCCAUCCCAGGCCUCGGAUUCAGUUGAAAUCACAGCUGAACCUGUAGCUUGAGAGCGAGGUCAUCCCAACUGUGAAGCAGAAGCCACCCUAGAGGAUGUGAUGAUCUGACUCACUUGAUGUCAAAACUACAGUAAUUGUUUUAGCACCUGAGAUGUAGCAGCCACCCUUAGAUAGACCAAGGAAGGAAAUUGGAUGCACAGUAGCAACUAAAGUGAACCUAAUGGUUUCAUUGGCCAAAGAAGAGGGACCCCCUCACCUCUUUCCAUUGGGACAGAAGGAAACUGGUUAGUACUUAUGUGCAAUACGUUUAAGCUGGUCCCCAAGUCCCUGAGGCAUUUGCACACACAUGGUCUCCAGGGCUGUUUGCCAAGUCCGGAGGUACAGGGUAAAUAGAGGGAGAGCUUGGGAACUGGGAAAACCCACAUGCACAGAGAUGCGCUUGGCCCAAAUCAUGAGGGUGGGGGUGGGGGAAGAGCCCCUGGGAGCUUGCUGCACAAUGUCCAGGAAGUAGGUAGAGGCUGACUUUGCAUUGAACCAAUAAAAGCACUUUGAGAAAACUACAACACUUCAGCCUGGCUCCAUGUGUUUACACUGGCAAAUAGGGGUCUCCUUUGGCUGUGUGAGGUACUCUCCUAGGGAUGGGCACAAGGCCUCGGGAAGGGGGCUGGUGUGAGGGAGGAGAGAGCAGAGAGGCCUUCCAAGACAGCAGCGGGAGAGCCAAUCUUAGGGGAGUCCUAGAAAUAGGGAACAGUGAGUUUAGAUCUUAGUACUUAUUUUUGUAAAAAAAAAAACUUAAAAAAAAAAACCCACCCUGUUGAUUGAAAUGGAUUUGCAGGACAAGUCAUUUAACUAUAAGCCAUCUCACAGUGAGAAAUCUGAUGUUUCUUCCCUGCUAUGAGAUCUUGGGCCUCUGUUUCCUCAUCUAGCAAAUGAGAAUACUGGAUGGGGAUGAACACUCAAGUCCCUUUCACCUCUGAUAGGCUCAGAUUCCCUUCUCUGGCUGUGCCCAGCUCAAGUUCAGGGUGAAGUUCUCUGCAAGGUAACCAGCCAGCAGUAGAUCCAAACCCACAUUGGUCCUGGCUGAGCUACCAUAUUGGAGGAGACCAGCUCCCCAGGACAGAUCUAAGCCAUAGUUUCUAGUGGGGAUGGUGAGCAUUUUCAACCCCAGCUUGGCUAGGUGGCAAUGUUGAAUCUCACAUUAGCCUUGUCAUCAUCCCAACCAAAUAAUUUUUAAUCCGAAUGUUGUGACCACUUGGCUGUUUCUCUCUUGCUCUCAGUCAAUACUAGCAAUACACUGUUUUUUGUUUUUUCAAAAUAGCUUAACUUAGGCACUUUUCCCACAUGUCUUUCAAAUGAUUGUAAAGCAUAUGGGGCAACAGGAGGCCUCAAUCACACUGCAUAUAUUUAGGGCAGCUUUUGUUUUUUGUGUCUUUGAUGGUAUAGCAGCAGUAACUGAAGCUUCAAGAUUUGGGGGGGACAGAUGAUCAGAUAUUCCAUUUCAUCAGAAUGCCUUGCACGUCCAGAAGCAGUGCAGAAAUCCGGCUGCCUGGAUUGGGGGCUUGGGAAACACAGUUUUGUAGGUAGUCUGCCUCUGUGCUGUAUCAUUUGUCAGGAUCCUUCAAGGGAGCCUAAUAAAACCUCCUUUUCCACUUCGCUGGCCUUGCUCUGGGUGACUUUCGAAGGGAUUGGUUCGCUUCCACCUCAGCACUUGCCUUAUCAAUGUCUCGUGGCCAUCUAGUGGCCAAAGACUGUCUCCACCAGCUACCCAGAUGGAAGGCAAAUAAAUCCUUUCAGCCACCUGGCUGUCCAACACCCACUUUAGGAAUGAAAUGUAAUGUCAUGAGCGAAUUGUCUGUGUUUAGAGCCCAGUGUAACACCAGUCAGAAGACUACAGAAGCAACCACUUAGACUCAUGCAGACUGAGAGGCACACAAGCUCUCCUGUGGGCAGAGGAGAUAAAAGUGGACCCUGUGUCCAGGUGCCCGAGAGGGGUUUACUGUAACUGCAAUACCGGCAGCCCAGCUGCUGACCUUGUUAAGUGAACCUCUGCUAGGUGACCUGCACUGUACCAUCGGGACAAGCUGAGAGGUCGGGUGUCAGGUUUCUGAAUGGGGGCUGGCCAUGGCCUUUGAUAUGGUCCACCGAAUAGCCAAACAGGUUACUUUUUUGUUGUUGUUUGUUUGUUUUUGUUUCUAUAUUUUGUAUUUAAAAAUCUUGUCAAGUGUGUUUUGUGUUAGGAAUAAAAAGUCAUAACCUAUUCCCAA